CGUAUGUUGCAAGGGAGAGAACCAGCCUAAUAUAGUACUUCCGGUUUAAAAACUUACUUCCUGUGAUGAAAAAUUGAUAAUUUAAAGAAAGAUGUUUGGUGGAACCUCAGCAUUCAGCACAACAGCAAGUACCAAUGCUAAUGCAAUGAAAGAUGUGGAGGUUCAGAGUCCUCCAGAUGAUAGUGUGAGCUGUAUUAAGUUCUCUCCAACAUCAACAGGGACAUCCAGUUUUUUUAUUGCUGGGAGUUGGGAUAAUAAUGUCAGAUGUUGGGAAGUAACACACCAAGGGCAGACAAUACCUAAAGCUCAACAGACACAUACAGGUCCUGUCUUAGACUGUGACUGGAGUGAUGAUGGAACCAAAGUGUUUACUGCAUCUGUUGAUAAAACAGUCAAAAUGUGGGACUUAAACAGUAACCAGGCUGUACAAGUAGCACAGCACGAUGCUCCUAUAAAGACAGUUCAUUGGAUAAAGGCACCAAAUUAUUCCUGUAUAAUGACUGGUGGCUGGGACAAAUUACUAAAAUUUUGGGAUACAAGAUCACCUACACCCAUGGACACAAUCCAGUUACCUGAGAGAUGUUACUGUGCAGAUGUUCGUUACCCAAUGGCUGUUGUAGGAACAGCUGGCAGAGAACUCAUUAUAUACCAGCUAGAGAACAGACCUCAAGAGUUCAGCAGAAUAGAAUCACCAUUAAAAUUUCAGCAUAGAUGCAUCAGUAUAUUCCUUGACAAGAAGAUCAACUCACCAACAGGUUUCGCAUUAGGAAGUAUUGAAGGGAGAGUAGCAAUACAUUACGUCAACCCAACCAAUCCUAAAGAUAACUUUACGUUCAAAUGUCACAGAUCUAAUGGUGCCACAAAUGGCAUGCAGGAUAUAUAUGCUGUGAAUGACAUAUCAUUCCACCCUGUUCAUGGUACCUUGGCAACAGUGGGUUCUGAUUGUAAGUUCAGUUUCUGGGACAAAGAUGCCAGAACUAAACUGAAGACAUCAGAACUAUUUGAUCAGCCAAUUACAGCAUGUAACUUCAAUUCACAAGGAACUGUUUUUGCUUAUGCAACCAGUUAUGAUUGGUCAAAGGGCCAUGAAGGAUUUGAUCCUCAGAAGAAACCACACAUUUUCCUACGAUCUUGUUUUGAUGAACUGAAACCUAGUAUGAAGAAGUCAUAAACAUAACUGGUCAUGUCCAACAAAAUUGUUGAGUGUGGAAAUCAGUACUUAAUGUUAAGUACAAGACAUGCCAGAUUCAGUCAUAUAUUGACUUGUCAAUGAAAAAUGUUGUAUUGUUUUAGUGAUUGUCUUUCAAGUCUUUUUUUUUUUUAUAAGAACCAUACUAAAGGAAAAAAAAGGUUAAAGUCAUUCAAAGAGGUUUUUGGACUGACCAUAGAUAGUACCAGUACAUUUCUCUUGUAAAUUAUUUUCAUGGAAUAAACCAAGUAUAUUUCCUGGCAAUAUCUCUACAAAAUGUUGAUUAUUGAUUGUGAUAUUCUAAAAUAUUCUUUUGGUACAUCUAUGAUAUCUGUAAACAUAAUAUGGUAUUUACUACCGGUACUAUUAUAUAGUAUUCAAUGUUUUCAAGGUUAUAGUUAAAAAAUCAGUGGUUAGUGGAUGCAAAGUUAUCUUGAAUAGCAUUUUAUAAAUUACAUUUAUUAAAAUAUUAAGGAGGUAUUUUAUUGAAACACAUUUGUAUUAAAGAAAAACUGUAUUCAUUUUAUUGUCAAUGAAUGUGGUCUUUACUGUCAAUAUUGUGUAUUUCAAAUUUUGUUUACAAUAUUUCUUGGGAAAAAAUCAAUUGAUAUUACAUUUCUUUGGACAUGAUACAAAUUACUUUAACUGAAAAAUUCUUAUUUUUGUAAUUUUGCAUCAUUGUCAUUACAUAGUCAUUUAUUAAAUGUAUUUUUUUUUUGACGGACUAUAUUACAAAAACGAUUAUUUAUAGCUACAUAAAUCUCCCAAACAUGUAUAUAGUCACUUGCAUGAAUUGUUUUGAGGAUUUUGGUAUAUGUGUUAUAUUGAUCUUUUUUAGAUUUCAUAAUGAAUUGAUGUUGAAAAAAACAUUAUAGCAUUUCCCAUCAGUUAGAUGAAAAUGUGUAUUGUUUACCAUAUGAUUGGUUUAAAAAAAAAUUAUGUUGUCAAAUUUAUUCCUUUAUACUUUAAUAUGCCUUUAUUUAAAGAUCUUUGCUGAUGAUGCAGUGAUGAAUAGCAAAAUUACAUCUGUAUCUUGAAUAAAUGGUUAAGUCCA